AUUAAUUUCUUUUGCUACUAAUAUUUAUUUACUUAUUGACCCUUCGGGUUUGAGUAAAAGAUGGGAAAGCCCACGAAUUUGAUAAAUACACCGAACCGAAGCAAAGAAAACAAAGAAAUGAAAAAGAAAAGAAAUUCAAAAUGUCAAAGUUUGGGUUAGUCCGUUGUAGCCGUUGGGUUUGGCGGUUCAAAACGCUGCAUCCGCAGAAGAAAGCUUCGACCUUCUUCACUACAACUACGGAAGGAGGUCAAGCUGUGAAUGAGAAUGUGAGUCGUCGACCCGAACCGCCUCCGAUCCGAGUCGCACUCACCGAGUCAGCCGGCCGAGGCGUGUUCGCGACUCGGAGGAUUGGAGCCGGCGAACUCAUACACAGAGCCAAACCCCUCGUAUCUCACCCAUCUCUCUCUAAACUUCAAAAUGUCUGUUACUUUUGCCUCCGGAAGCUCGGAAACUCGGUCGAUUCUCAAUCUCAAGGUGCUUCUUUUUGCAGCGAGGAGUGCAGAAAGCAAUCCAAGGUUUUUCAUGACGUCGAGGUGAAAGCAGAUUGGUUAGCUUAUGAUGAGUAUUGCCGGUCCCACGGUUUGAAAUAUCCACUUUUGGUAAAACGGUUGGCUUGUAUGGUCAUAUCAGGAGCUGCAUCAGCAGACCUUCUUGACAUACUUCAGCCUGCUAUCCUGUCACCUGAGAUGAUUUCUAAGAAGGAGCAUCAAAGUCCAGCAGUCCUGCUUCUUCAUGGAACAAUGGAAGAGGGUUUUGGCUUGCUGAGAAGUGCCUUUACAAUGGCAAAUAUCCCUGAUGCACAUAUGGAAUUUUUAACUAAACAAUGGUACAUUGAAGUUAUGUCACGGAUUCGAAUUAAUGCAUUUCGUAUUGAGGUGGCUGGAGGAUUGUAUGGAGAUCUUCUGUCAUCAGCAGCAGCCUCUGUAGAUGCUGAAGCUGCUGUUGGAACUGCUGUGUAUAUGCUUCCAUCCUUCUACAAUCAUGAUUGUGAUCCAAAUGCCCACAUUGUAUGGACAGAGAAUGUAGAUGCAAGAUUAAAGGCCCUUCGAGAUGUGGAUGCAGGUGAAGAGCUUCGGAUUUGCUACAUCGAUGCAAGUAUGAAUCAUGAUGCACGGCAAACUUUGCUCUACCAAGGGUUUGGUUUUCAAUGCAAUUGUCCUCGGUGUUUAUCUGGUGAUUAACAAGGUUAAGAAAAUUAGAAAGUGAAGAACAAUCCUUUUCAUGUGGGCAUUGUUUCUUUAAUUAGAAUUAGGAGCUCCUUUUUUCAGGCCAAAGAAAAGCAUAUAUUAGAAAGGUUUUCUAUGCGGCUCAUCAUUUUUCAUCCCGCUUUAGGAAUUUAGAUGUGUGGCUGCGGCACCAUUCUUAGGAGACCAUUUCAAGGAGUAAAAACUAUUAGAAAGGUAAUUCUCAUUAUGAUUUUUGUUGUGGAUUUGAUAUUCAAAAUGCAAAGAAAAAAUAUAGGAUAUGGAUUGAUCAUGAAAUAUGAAAAGUUUAAUAAGAGUUUUUUUUUUU